CCAAUCCCAAGAUUAUUUCUUCUUUACCCCCAAAAAAUAGCGACCCCCUUCUCUCUCUAUCCCCCCGCGUGUGUUCUAUUGGGUCUUUAUUAAAGACAUUCGCCGACCCCUGAUAUCGGAAGUUUCUCUCCGACGACGGCUCCGGGUACAAAAUCCGUCCUCUCCGUCAUCGAAUCCGGCCCUUCUGUCCCCGAAUUCCGAUCCGACCCGGUCCGAUCGCGGAAUGCCUGCAGGUGAUCCAAUCGUCCGAGGAGCCCUAGAAUUCAGGUUGAACUAGGGUUUGACCCCGCCCGCGGAAUCGCCGGAUUCGACACGCGAUUAGGGUUCUCUCGCCCCUCUUUUUACUUCUCUCUCUUCUGUCGCUUGAUUUUGGUUGCUUAAGCUUCAGAUUUCGCUUCGUCGCGGUCGCCGGAUGGUUUUCUUGUCUGUUCGGCCCGCGUUGGGGAGCUAAAGUUGCCGUAUUCAUGUAAUUUGGUCGACGACUUGGGGUUCUGCUUCGGAUUUCUUGCUCAAAUCCCCUGAAAUUCUUGUCCUCGUUAGGGUUUUGGUUCGAUUGUUCCGGAAUUUUCUAGUAACGUGCUGGAGGUUUGGACUUCAAGUUGUUUUUUUUCCUUUUUUUUUUUUGGUCUUUUUCCGGGGGGGCCCUCUUGCUGUUGCUGCUUGUAGUAUUCUUUUCUGAUCUCGUGGGACUCUGCCUUUGGUCGAAUUCUUGAGCUUUCAGGUCGUUACGAUAGCUCGAGCAUUGUAACUACUGUUUUCGCUCUUGUUGUCGCUAGACUUUGUGGUCUCUUUGGCCCUUCAAUGGAAGGUUGAAGUUUCUUAGUUCUGUUUCCACUAACAUCCUCCCACUUCUUAAGUUCCUUUCUAUUUUCUGCUUUGUUUUAGCAGGGUAUUGGAGUCGCAUCUCCUGUGGAAAACGGGAAAAAACAAUCUUUAAUCUGUGUGAUGCAGAUUAAGUAUCGAAUUUAGCUUCUGGGGUUGUAGAGAAAGUUCAUAAUCUUAUUGUAUGUCUGUCUUGUGUUUCCCAUGCUUAAUGCUGCCCUCUUAUGCGUGGGUUAUUUAUAUCGAGUUAUGCCAUAUUUGAUGCCAAUAAGUGCAAAGGAAAUGGUGAUGUGCAUGAGUGGGAGCAAAAUGUGGAUUUAAUUUGUAAUGAGUAGCUAAAAGUGAAAUGGCGGGGAGCACAAGAACAGAGUUGGCUUCAAGUGGUCUGGAUGCAUCGACAUUUGCGACCACAUAUCCAAGCGGGCAGCGGGGAACGUACUCUGCCUCCAAUUUGGAAAGGUCUGGAAGCUUUCGUGAGAGCCUAGAGAACCGCAUUAUGGUUUCAGGGACGGGCACAUCCAGAAACGCAGCUCCAUCAAUGGAAAUCCCGCCAGUGUCCCAGUAUCUAACGUUGGAGCCCAUUUCCAUGAGUGAGCAGAAGUAUAGUCGCUCGGGAGAGUUAAGAAGGGUUCUUGGUCUUACUGUUGAGGAGCAUUCAUUUGGUUCUGUACAGUCUAAGCCCCUCCCUCCUAUAGCAUCCGAGGAACUAAAACGUUUCAAAGCAAGCGUGCUAGAGUCAUCAACCAGGGCCAGGGAUAGAGCAAGGUUCUUGCAUGACUCACUACUGAAAUUGGAAAAGUAUCGCAACAUUCUCUCAAGGAAACGACAAAGAAGUGAACCAUCAAGUGAGAAGUCAGGUGGUGCGAAUUUGUUAAAGAUGGGUGGUCAGGCUCAUCAAAACCCUGCAGAAGUUGCAAGUUCGAGAUUGGAGGACAGGACAAAGAAUGUUGUUCCAAAUAAGCGUGUUCGCUCAUCGAUGGCGGAAGUACGGCUGGAAGGGCGUGGUGCUGUUCCUGUGAGGCAAGGUACAACAACAGACAAGGAUAAAAAUAUUCUCAGGGCCUGCAAUGGUGGACCAAUGCCCUCUGAAGAUAAGAUUCGUGGGCUCCCUCCUGGAAUGAAAAGAAAACGCUCUGUUGGCACAAUGGUUAACAGAGUCAUAGAAGGCGAUCGAGACAUCAAACAGGCAAUUCAACAGAGGCCCACUAAUGAACCCCGUCCACGGUCAUGUGAUAACCUUGGAUUCCGUCCUGGACCAUCCAGUGGAAUUGUAGGAAGCAACAAGAUUGAUGGCAGUUCCCAAUUAAGUGGUGGUAGUACCCGUGUCAUACCCAGGAAUGACUUGGAUAAUUGCUCUCUUUCAAAUGAGCGACGAGAGCGCUCUGCUGCACUAGAUAAGGAGCGGAUUAUAGCUAAAGGAAGCAAUAAGCUAAAUGUCCGUGAGGAUGGUCAACCAGGUAGUCAAAGUCCUUUGACCAAAGGAAAAGCAUCUAGGGCACCGAGGACAGGUUCAGCUGCUGUCAUGAAUGCUUCUUCUAAUUUUUCUCGCACAACUGGAGGUAUGGAUGGAUGGGAGCAAGCCCCUUCCCUAGGCAAAGUCCAGCCUGUAACUGGGGUGACCAAUCGUAAGCGUCCCAUGCCUGCAGGAUCAUCAUCACCUCCUGUAACUCAAUGGGGGGGUCAGCGUCCCCAAAAAAUCUCCCGGACAAGAAGGGCAAACGUGGUUUCUCCAGUCUCGAAUUUUGAUGAAGCCCAGAUUUUGCCUGAAGGAUUUGCAGCUUCUGAUGUUGGGGCAAGAUUAACAACUGUGGAGUCUGGUGGGCCUGUACCUUCCAGGGGCAUAUCUAAUAACACUCUGCAGUCAAAUUUGAAGCCUGAUAAUCAGCCAUCUCCAGCUGGAUUAUCAGAAAGUGAGGAAUCAGGAGCUAUUGGAAACAAGCUUAAAGAAAAGGGAAUUGAUAAUAUUGAGUUAGAGGAUGGGCCCCUGAAUACAGUCCAUAAAACAAUGGCUUUUGUUUUGCCUUCGAAGAAGAAUAAGGUUCCUUCAAAAGAAGAAAUUGGAGAUGGAGUUCGGAGGCAAGGAAGGAGUGGAAGAGGUUCAAUGCAGUCAAAAGCAUGCUUAACCUUAACGAAAGAAAAAUCAGAACAUAUUGACACAGCAAAGCCGCUGAAAAGUGGGAGAUCUGGUUCUGAUAAGAGUGAAAGUAGGGUAGGUCGCCCUCCUUCCAAAAAGGUGUCUGAUCGCAAGGCUUAUUCUCGUCCUGCACAAAUUAUAAACAACGGUUCCUCAGACUUGACAGGUGAAUCAGAUGAUGACCAUGAAGAGAUGUUAUCAGCUGCAAAUGCCGCUCGCAAUGCUAGCUAUACGGCAUGUUCUAGUCCUUUCUGGAAGAAAAUGGAACCAAAUUUUGCUUUUGCUACUUUGGAAGAUAUAACCUAUGUGAAGAAUCAGAUAAAUUUUGUGGAGGAGCUUGAUGAAAGUUUGUCUAAGAUGAUUGAUGUUGAUCAUGACAGAAAGGGUGAGCUUGUGUGCCAAACAGUACUAUCACCUCACUGUUCUUUUUCUAUUGAACAAAGUCAAACAAAUGUUGUUGGACAGAAUAAAUCUGUUGGGAAUCUGUCUUCAGUUGAUGAGCCAAAACAUGCCGACACAGCAUGUGGAAAAGUAGAAACAGAGAAGUGGCUUGAGAAAAUGGUUCCACUAUCACAGAGGCUUCUCUCAGCCUUCAUUUCAGAAGAAGGAACUGAGCAGUUUGACUGCGACAUUGAACAAGGAGAUACAGUUUUGCAGUUUUCAAGUGAUUAUCUUCCUUAUGGCACUUAUAGCAAUGUUCAAAAUGAACAUGAGACAGAUUUAAUGAAAUCUGGGUUUGAAAUGGACCUUGGUUUCAAGAAUCAGAAAAACCGCUCAGGAGAUAAUAUUCCUUGCAAUGGAUUUAUGAUGUCUGGCAACCUCAGGAGUUCAAAUAUUCAGAAUUUCAUGUCUGGUGACGAGGUAUUGGCAGAAAACAGUAUCAUGAAACAUGCAGAUAAUGGGUCUCUUUCGGAGUUUGGGCAAACUAAUUUGAAUCAUCUACAGACCAUGGGUACAAGUUUUUCUGGUACUUCCACAUAUGAGUGUCAAUUUGAGCAUAUGUCUUUGGGUGAUAGGGUUUUGAUGGAGCUGCACAGUAUAGGCCUGUAUCCUGAUUCAGUGCCUGAUCUAGCUGAGGGUGAAGACUGUGAGAUCGACAAAGCUAUUUCAGAGCUUAAGAUGGGGCUGUACCAGCAGGUGAUGAAAAGGAAAAAUCAGUUGCAUAAAUUGGAAAAAACUAUUCAAGAUGGGAAAGAACUUGAGGAGAGGAACCUGGAGCAGCUUGCUAUGAACAAACUUGUUGAGAUUGCAUAUAAAAGGCUAACGGGUGGUCGUGGAGGUCAUGGUUCAAGUCAUAAGAGUGGUGUCAGCAAAAUUUCAAAACAACUCGCCUUGGCCUUUGCCAAGCGAACUCUUGCCAGAUGUCAAAAAUUUGAGGAAACAGGUCGAAGCUGCUUUAGUGAACCUGCUUUUCGGGAUAUAAUUCUCUCUGCACCUCUUCACAGCAGUGAUGGAAAAUAUGCUGAUGGUAUUACAUCUGGAACUGCUACAAAUAUUAAUGGGGAAUCACGUAGUUGUCAGCUUGGACCUCGAGUUUCAGCUUCUGGUACUUUGGCUUCGGGUGUAACAUCAAGUUUGAUUGAGAGACAUGGGCUUAGUCAUAAGAUUGAUAGAGGUCCAUUGGAUUCAUAUCAAGGUCUUUCUCAUAUGUCCGACCAAGCUUUUGUUAGAAAUGACCAGGCUUCGAACAGGGGGAAGAAGCGGGAGGUGCUACUUGAUGAUGUUGUCACAAGUGCUGCUUCAAGAGCCACAUCAACUCCCAGCAACACUCUUCCAGGUGGUCCAAAAUGGAAAAGGACUGAUAGGGAGAGGGAUCCGAACAAAGAUGCAUUGAUGAGGAACCCUACUGCUAAAGCUGGCCGGCCAUCAUUAAGCAGCAGCAGGGGUGAGCGUAAAACAAAAACAAAGCCAAAACAAAAGAUCGCACAGUUAUCAACUUCAGGAAAUGGUCUUGGCAGAGUUACAGAGACAACCAGCUUUAUGGUGGCUCCGGGUGAAACCAUGAGCGUUGCUGGCACUGAAGUUGACCAAGAAAUUGAAUUGCAGAGUUCAGGUAAUGUGGCUCAGAAUUCAUCCAGGGAGGUGGAUGAUAAUAUUUUCCCGAACUUGCCGCUACAUGGAAUAGACUCUAUUGAUGAAUUGGAUGUAGCUGAAGGUCUGGGUGGACAAGGCCAGGAUAUUGGUUCGUGGUUGAAUGUCGAUGAAGAUGCAUUACAAGACCAUGAUUUGGUGGGCCUAGAAAUUCCAAUGGAUGACCUCUCAGAGCUGAAAUUAAACUUCUAAAGAGUGCCAAUUGUACCUCCUGUGCAUAUUCAAGAGUCUAGAUCAGAAUGCUAGUGCUUCUGUUAUGAUACAACUAACUAAUCAAAAUGUCAGCCUCAAGCAGGUUAGAGUUUGUAACUAGGCCGGUCCAUUCUUUUGUAUACCUUUUUAAACUUCUUGGCAGAUCCCUAUUGUCCCGUCAUCUGAGAUCUGUCCCUGUAACAAAUUACAAUCUCAAUCGAGCAUUGAUCCAAUUUGUAUUAUUUCAAGCUAGUAUUUCUUAUAA